AUGGCUGACGAGGAUAAUGGCGACUCUCCGAAAGAUGAUUGUGAAAGUCGCCUCCAUAUCUCUCGCCAGACACUUAAAGGGCCGGAAAAAGAACUUCAAUCAAUUUUUAAAAAGCUCAGAGUUGAUAACAGACCGUAAGUAGUGAUCUUUGUUAUUAUUUUGCUCCGAUAUUAUCUUGGAGGCUGUGGAUACUAUUUCUGAAACGAGCUUUGUUUACGACAAAUUUAUCAAAUGUUUUUUGGUCAUAUUUUCGAUGACCCAAUGUAAAGCAAAUAAAUUUCAUACUUUUGGAUACAUCGUUUGUUAUUCUAGCAGCAGUUAUUGGACAGAAAGACUUCAUUUCGUCAUAUUAUACGGGUUUUCUUUAUCACACAUAUAUGCAUGCGCGCAUGAUUGAGGUGAAUAGAGUUUAACAGAGUUUUUGGAUUUUUGGGCUGAAUUUGAACUGCAUACUAUGUAGUAGCUUGCUACUUAGUUUGUACUUCUUGUGCAAUAUUCAUUGACCUUAAGACAGUAAAUUGUCUUUAUUAAGGAAAACCGUAUCCCCUGCAUGUACUUCCUUUUUUAUUUGGGUAGCCUGUUAACUCCAGUGCAAAUUUUUGCCCAUGGCACAUGCUGAUAACAGUCAUCUCUCUUUUUUUUUAGUUUUAAUUGAUAAGAAUGGGCUAUUUUAUUUUAGUGAUGUAUAAGUACAUGGAGAAAUGUUCAAAUCAGAUGAAUUUUUGCUGACUCAUCAUACUUCAAGCAAAGAAGUGUUGUUCGAAUAUUAAAUUCGUUUUAAGCAGGAUGAGAGAUUUAAUCCAAAGGUUAAUUCGAAUAAUAUUAUUUUGAUGAUUUUUUUUUCACUUCCUUGGGGAUUUUACUAACAGUAUGUUUCAGGGUCUUCGAUUUCCUUUCAAAAUUACCCCUCAGUGCCCCAAGGAACUUCCUCUACAGAGACAAAUUCACUGUGGGAGUCCAAAUAUUUUUUACUGUUAUUGUCUUCAUACAUACUUUCUGAUGGAAAGGUCAGUGUGUUUCAGUUUCCUUUAAAAUUGUACCACUCAGGAUUCCAGAAAAAAGUGUUUUUCUGAAACGAUCUUUCCAGCUAGAAGUACUUUCCCCUCGGACCUAUAAAUAUGAUUCUGUAGAGAACGGUAUGGAAAGAAAAUCCUCAAAAAUCUGCAUCUCUUUUAAUUGCUACCAAAUUUGGCACAUAAGAAGUGGACUGUAUGAGCCAUUUACGUGGCUAGUUUCAGGCCUUGACCGUGGAUAAGCUUGUCUCAACAAUUUUUUUGAAAGUGGCGAAAAGUGGCCGGCAAUGCAGGAAAAAAAUUUACCGUGGUUUUAGCAAUCAAGAAAUGCUUUUGACGAUGAAUAAUUAUGGCAGUAAACCUGUCUUACAACAGGACACCACUUGAAUUAUCAGAUAUCAAAUGACCAAGAAAAACUGAGGUAAAUGAUCAGUGAAAAUCUUAGUGUCUCACUUCUCACAAGAGUGUUGCCAGCCUUGAGUUUUUCCAAUGCGAUGAAAUGCUUCUUAGUUUGGCUUUUCAUCCCAAAAAGCCUGCUUCUUUUCCUAAAAUCUAUCUGUAAGUUGAUGUUCCUGAGCGCAGAGUUUGAAAUUUGUAAGCAAACCUUUUAACUUACUUUGCUAAAAUUACAGUUUUUGUCACAUGGUGUGCAAAUGAAUAUUUAACUAAUUAGCAUAACCUGUUGGCAUUGUAAAAAAAAGGUAGUAAAUUCUGUGUUUCCCACUAUCUAUGGCACAUAAGCAGACUAUUUUGCUAAGACAUCAAAUUUUAAUCUUUGUCCCAACAUCACUUUGCAAAAAUCACUUUUUUCAUCAAAAGGAUUGCAUGAUUUUAAUAAAACGAAUGUUUGUUAUUUUGUUUGUGACAUAUUAUGGGUUACUAUAAAGUAAAAUAUUUUUUCUUGAAAGAACAUUUCCUGCCCUUUCAAAAGAGAUAUAUAUAGCUUUCCAUGCUGCUGUAAAUACUGGCUGAGAUAUGAUUUUUUAUUUGAACAAGGUAAAUUUUGCCAUUUUUGGAUCAGAGGGAAAUAAGUUAAGUAUGUUUACUAUUGCAUCCUAGUACAUCUUACAUUCCAUCUAAGUAUCUAUUAUAAAUCCUUUGGAAAUGAAACUACAUUAUUACUGUUGACCUUUGGCAACCCAGGGAUUUGACUAGACCUUAUUUACCAUAGUUUUUCUCUUUUUAGUUUUUUGCUCCAUAUCAAUACCAUUUUUCCCACUUUCUAUGCUAAUAACAGAGGUCGAUCUUUGCCUUUUUCCCAGUAAUGUUCUUCUAUUUUUACAGGAAAAGACUUCAUAGGAGGGCAAGACUGGUGGCUCUUAGAAAUUCAGUGAGUAAAGACAAUGGAAGCAGACAAAGUGUGAGAAGGAUUCUUCGACAACCAACAUUUAUCUAUAAGAAUCAACAAGCAUCAUCAUCUGUCUACAAAAGUCAACACAUCCAUGGCUUCAGGCGGAGGAGGCGUAAAAUGAGUCUUGAAUUACAAACUGAUGAAACUUCAGAAUACAAUGAAAGAGACUCGCUCAGCGAUAGUGAACUAGAAUGUAAUAAGUCUGUUGCAGCUAAAUGUAGAAGUAAAUUUAGUGAAAGUGAAGAAAACAAAGCUGAACAAAGACCUCGUUCAGCACAAAUUGCUGUUGGUUGUGGAAGACAACACAGUAGAUUGCAGGGUGCAAGUAUUCAAAGGAUGAACUUUGACGACACCACACCAGAAGAAUUAGCAUCAUAUUUUGAUCAGUUGCUUUAUUUUCCUAAGCCUAUGUCAGCCAUGGCUGAAAUGAUGUAUACAUAGCAACACAACAUGUGGGCUAUGAACUACAUGUACCAAGCUGAAAAUUCGUCAUCUGCUAUUGUUUGUAUUUUGCGGGGGUUUUGUGAUCUGAAAAAAUUCCCUUUUCCCUUUGUAUUAGUUGUGACUUUCUUUAAAUUUGUUAUGAUGUAUUCUUGUUUUAAAAGGAAUGAUUACGUUAUC